ACAAACGGAGUAACGGACACUGAAUCUCAAGCUCUCAUGAAGCGCUCUCCUCCUUCCUUCCACCGCAUCGCCGCCGCAACGUCUUCCGACGGUGUCACAGCCACCGCUACGCCUUCUGACGCUGUCGCAUCCCGUACUGCCAUGUACAACCAUAAGCACUUGGGAGGCCGAAGGGGCCGCGGUCGGAGAAGUUACUCCGACCAGCCUUCUGGUGGCGGCCGUGGAGAGCAGCAGGUAUCCGGGGACUCUCAUUUCCGGUCGGUACAAGACACUAAUCGAGGGUUUCGACCAUCAUAUAGCCGUGGUGGGAAGUUUUCGAAUUUUCGUUCGCAUAGUCCGCGACCACCGCCUCCUUCUUUCAGUCAUCAUCCUCCUUAUUAUUCUGCUCAUCCUCCACCUCCGAAUUUAUACUCCAAUCAACAGUUUCAUAGGCCGCGGCCGCCUUCAUUUUAUAACCAGCAGUUAAAUAGACCAGGCUGGCCGCAUUUUGAUCAGAACCAGCAGUUCAGGCCACCUCGACCGCCGCCUGAGUUCCGGCCGCGUCCGCAGCCUCCCAAGGCCUUGAAUUUCCGGGUUUGGGAGCAUGCCAAACCUGAACCUCCGCCACAUUAUGACCGAUUCACUGUUCUAUCAUACAACAUACUAGCUGAUUGCCAUGCAACUGACCAUUGGAGAAGACUCUACUUUCACAUACCUCGGCAUAUUCUGGACUGGGAGUGGCGUAAGAGAAGUAUUAUUUUUGAACUUGGACUAUGGUCAGCUGAUAUACUGUGUUUACAGGAGGUCGACAGAUUUAAGGACUUAGAGGCUGAAUUGCAGUUGCGAGGAUACAGUGGCAUAUGGAAGAUGCGAACUGGUGUUGCAGUUGAUGGGUGUGCAAUAUUUUGGCGUGGUUCUAGAUUCAAGUUGCUGCAUGAAGAUUCCAUUGAAUUCAAAAAUCAUGGUCUUCGGGAUAAUGUUGCCCAGAUAUGUGUGUUUGAGUUUUUGGAUCAGUGUAAUGGUGAUGCUAGUGCAGCCUCCUCAACAAGCUCAUCAAAUACCAAUAAAGUUGUAAUCUGUAAUAUUCACGUACUCUUCAAUCCUCGAAGGGGAGAGAUGAAGCUUGGACAGAUAAGACUGCUUCUUGAUAGGGCUGAUUAUUUUUCAAAACUGUGGGAUGGUGCUCCUAUUGUAAUUUGUGGAGAUUUUAACAGCACGCCCAAGAGUCCAUUGUACAACUUUAUUGCAGAACAAAAGCUGAACAUAUUAGAAGUGCCUCGUGAUAAGGUUUCUGGGCAGGAGUCUGCUACUCUAAAUUUACUGAAGCCCUCACCUCCUGUGAAUAGGGCCCAGUCUUCAGCUGACUCGGUUAAAGAUUCCCUGGUGUCACAGGAGGGAGAAGGAAGAGAGAGCUCUUCAACACCAAAUGUAAGGACAUGGUCCCCAGAAAUUGAGUCUGUAGAUGGACUUUCCAGAGGUAUCAGGUCUCAAAAUCAGAAUUCUGUAGUAAAUGACUCCAGUGAAUCUUUUGUGAGUGUCCACUUUGAAGAUAAAAGUAGAGAAGGAACAGUAGAAAAUUUCCAUGAUUCCCAAAGAUAUCUUUCUGCUCCCCUUAGCGUCUCAAAAGAUAGUUCGCCUGUCUCUCCUAAUGAAGAUAUAAUCUCACCAACUAAAGAGAAAGAUAGCUCUAAUCCUACUGAAAGCAGGCAUGAUGAAUAUUCCACCACCACUAAUGCAAUAUCAAGCCCAUCCAGCAAUUAUUUGGAUUCGGAGAUGCAUUCAGGUCUUGAGUCCAUCUGCAACAAGGAAGACGUAUUAGUAGGUGAAAAUCAUCCUAGAAAAGAAACUAGCAGUGUGUCUACAUCUCCUGUAGAUGCAUUUUCAUCUGAGGUACUCUCUGAUCCGUUUUCUCCCAAUUCACAUGUAAUCUCUUCUCUAAGUAGCCCCAGAGAUGUAUCACUGCUUUCAAAUGGUAAUGUGGAGGGUUGUGCUCCAAGCCCACAUGAAUUUAAUUACACAUCUGAACAGACUGCUGCUCUGUUGGAUAAGAAAAUGGAUAAUUUAUCACUGGACAAUGUCUUUGAAGAGGCAGAGGAUCAGUCUAUAGGUGAAGACAGUGAAGCAUUUUUAUCUGAGCUAUGUGGUGCAACUGAUCCCUUUCCAUCUGAAUCUACUCAAUUGCAAGUAUAUGAGUCUGAAAAAUUAGAUGAGCAGUCUCAGGGAUCUGCUUUGGGGAAAGAAAUUCUCUGUGAUGACCUUGAUGCAGAUUCUCCGGCUGUUUAUACGGAGAAGUUCACUUAUGAUCCAUCAGCUUGGACUCCAAUAGAGAUACAAACUGCAACAGGCAGUGUGGAUUGCACAGUAAUGGAACACCGUUUGAAGCUAAGAAGUGUGUAUCGGGAAGUAGAGGAAGUCACAGGAACAAGAGAUUCUACUGGAGAACCUGAAGUGACCAGUUAUCACAGCUGCUUCCUGGGUACUGUUGAUUACAUAUGGCGUUCUGAAGGUCUUCAAACUGUGAGGGUACUUGCUCCAAUUCCAAAACAGGCCAUGCAGUGGGUUCAGGGUUUCCCCACCAAGAAAUGGGGAAGUGAUCAUAUUGCUUUGGUUUCGGAAUUGGCGUUCACAAAAGACAUUCCUGUCAAGGACAUUGACGUUGAGUAGCAGGUGCUGCACUUUGCACUUAGCUUCUGCUCUUUAUGAGCUCCAAAGUUUCUAUUCUCGUCAAUAGGCACUCAUUCAACCACUUCAAUGAGGUUUCUGAUACAGAUUUCUCCCAAACUCCACUCUCGUUAGGGUCCGAUCUUGAAAAUUCAGAACUCCAUCGUCCACAGGUAUAAACAAUCCAAUAUUUAUUGACUCAUUUCAUUUGUAUUUCAUGAAAUUUAUAAGCCAAUGACAGAAUAACACUCUUGAGUAGUGAUGCCAUUUUUUCUGUAUUCUUCAGAUGGGGGGUCGUGAAUAUGUUUUUGUUUAUACAUCGUUUUUUUUAGUGAGAAUUGACUGUCUGGAAUAUGUUGUUGAAAUUCAUGGAAAAUAAAGAAAUAUUUAAAUAUAUAUACGUUUUUUUUUUUU